AUGAACGUGAUCCGUCAACCGCUUGCUCCUGACUUUAUUCAAUCAAAACGAACUAAUGCACCUAUUUUGUGGAUCGCCUCUAAUUGCAACGCAUGGAACAACAGACACUUAUAUAUUCAAGAACUUAUGAAAUAUAUUAAUGUAGAUAGUUAUGGUCAUUGUCUCAACAACAAACCUUCUCCUAGUAGUGAAGAAGAACGAGCUGAUUUAUUACGUCAAUACAAGUUUUAUCUCGCAGUUGAAAAUUCCAAUUGUGAUGAUUAUGUGACGGAAAAACUUUUUGAUACAUUUAUGGCUUCAACAGUACCUAUUGUUGAUGGACCCAAUCAUUAUGAACCUUAUUUACCCAACAAUCGAUCUGUGAUUCGAAUGGAUGCAUACCCUGAUCCAAGGAAACUGGCUGAUUACAUCAAUUAUUUAGAUAAAAAUGACACUGCUUAUUUAGAAUAUAUUGCACCAUUUCGAGAUCAAACAGUACCGGAGCAAGAACGAUUGGAUGUUGAUUUUUAUGCUCAAUGGGGUGAUCGGACUAAAUUCGACUUGACUUCAGCAUGGUGUGGAGUAUGUCAUGGAAUAUUACCUUGGUGGCAAGCAUUACACAAUACAUCAAUGGAUUUUCAACAGGAUCAAAUGAAUUACUUGCGUGCUGAUACAUCAUGUUCUCCAGCUGGAAAAUGGGAUUAUAUUACUUAUGGACCACCUUAUCUCCCUCAUUGGAGACCUUCUUUACCUGAUGAAUUCACUCGUCCUAAUCAUCCUAAUCAUAGAAAAUUGGCUCCAUAUUCAAUUCGAUCUCUACAUACUUAUGGAAUGGAUGAUUCUUCUAAAAUGACUUGGAUGAUAUUUUCUUUCUAUUGUAGUUUAUUUACUGGAUUCUUAUGUUUUUUAUUAUAUCGAAAACGUACUAGACCUUCUCCUUUUCCUUAG